AGGAAUUAGGGUUUCUUUCACUUAGAAACCCUAUAUAAACCGCACUCAGCAUCCUCUCCGCCUCUCCUCUGCUAGAGCCACCAAAUCAACGUAUCUCCAGCUUCGACAAGGCAGACGGUGCAGCCACCAUGGUGAAGUACUCUAGAGAGCCUGAUAACCCCACCAAAUCUUGCAAGGCAAGGGGCUCUGACCUCAGAGUUCACUUCAAGAAUACAAGAGAGACAGCUUUUGCUCUAAGGAAGUUGCCUCUGGUCAAGGCCAAGAGGUAUUUGGAAGAUGUUAUGGCUCACAAACAGGCCAUUCCAUUCCGACGUUUCUGUGGUGGAGUUGGGCGUACUGCACAAGCAAAGAACAGGCACUCUAAUGGACAAGGACGAUGGCCUGCCAAGUCUGCUAAGUUCAUCUUGGAUUUACUCAAGAAUGCCGAGAGCAAUGCUGAGGUCAAGGGUUUGGAUGUGGAUGCACUCUACAUUACUCACAUCCAGGUGAAUCAGGCACAGAAGCAGAGACGUCGUACUUAUCGGGCGCAUGGAAGAAUUAAUCCUUACAUGUCCAGCCCUUGCCACAUUGAGUUGACUUUAUCUGAAAAGGAAGAGCCAGUUAAGAAAGAGCCUGAGACCCAGCUAGCAACCAGCAAGUCAAAGAAGUCUCAAGCCUCCUCUUGAGUGGCGAUCUUAGUUCAGUGUGGAUCCCCUUUUGAUUUCUGUGUUUUUUUCUUAAGAAGGAUUUUGUUGCGUAUCUUAUAGAAUGAUCAGAUUUUUAGAUGUAUUGGACGUCUUGUAUGUUGAUUUCGAAUUAUGUUUAGUUCUUUGUUCUAUGAGAAAUGUCUUGGCGAGUUUAUUUGAA